GGGGAAGGGUUGGCCGACUGGACCCCUGGUGUGGAAAGGUUCAUGCAGAAGUCCCGACGGGGCCAGACUUCCUGCCCGCGGGGCCCAGGGCUCUGGCACUGGACUCGCGCCAGGAGGCGUCGCCAGGAGGGAGCGGCUUCCUGGGCGCGGGAGGCACCGGCGGCGGCGAGCGCUGGGACAGCUCACCUGGACCGGCGACAUGGAGGACGGCGUGCUCAAGGAGGGCUUCCUCGUGAAGAGGGGCCAUAUUGUCCAUAACUGGAAGGCACGAUGGUUCAUCCUCCGUCAGAACACGCUCCUGUAUUACAAGCUAGAGGGUGGCCGGCGAGUGACCCCACCCAAGGGAAGGAUCGUCCUGGACGGCUGCACCAUCACUUGCCCCUGCCUGGAGUAUGAAAACCGGCCGCUCCUCAUAAAGCUGAAGACCCGGACUUCCACUGAGUACUUCCUGGAGGCCUGUUCUCGAGAGGAGAGAGACUCCUGGGCCUUUGAGAUAACGGGGGCUAUCCACGCGGGACAGCCGGGGAAGAUCCAACAACUCCACAUACUGAAAAACUCCUUCAAGUUGCCCCCCCACAUCAGCCUGCAUCGAAUCGUGGACAAGAUGCAUGACAGCAGCACUGGAAUCCGGCCAUGCCCCAACAUGGAGCAGGGAAGCACCUACAAAAAGACCUUCCUGGGCUCCUCCCUGGUGGACUGGCUCAUCUCCAGCAGCUUUGCAGCCAGCCGUCUCGAGGCAGUGACUCUGGCCUCCAUGCUUAUGGAAGAGAACUUCCUCAGGCCGGUAGGGGUCCGGAGCAUGGGAGCUUUUCGCUCUGGGGAUCUGGCUGAACAGUUUCUGGAUGACUCCACAGCCCUGUACACUUUUGCUGAAAGCUAUAAGAAGAAGGUAAGCCCCAAAGAGGAAAUCAGCCUCAGCACCAUGGAGUUAAGUGGCACAGUGGUUAAACAAGGCUACCUAUCCAAGCAGGGGCACAAGAGGAAAAACUGGAAGGUGCGCCGAUUUGUUCUGAGGAAGGACCCAGCUUUUCUGCAUUACUAUGACCCUUCGAAAGAAGAAAACAGGCCAGUAGGUGGAUUUUCUCUUCGUGGUUCCCUUGUGUCUGCUCUGGAAGACAAUGGUGUUCCUACUGGAGUUAAAGGGAAUGUCCAAGGAAAUCUCUUCAAAGUGAUUACGAAGGAUGAUACACACUAUUAUAUACAGGCCAGCAGCAAGGCUGAGCGAGCAGAGUGGAUUGAAGCUAUCAAGAAGCUAACAUGACCUCUGGGAGCAGGACCAGGGUCCUCAUCAGCUGAUACAGAUGGGACUUCCUGGAGAACUGGAGGACAAGACAGACUGGGCUGGGGAUGUGGCUCCAGCGGUACAGGACCUGCCUGGCCGCAGGUUCAAUUCAUAUGUGUGUAUAUGU